CUCUGGGCCGGGCCCUUCCCUCCGCGUUGUAGCUGCAGCCACGGCACCUUGCAGCAGCCGCCGGAGGUCGGGUCGGCGGCGGAGGCUGAGCCGCGCAGCGCCCGUGGGCAAAGGCGGCGGCAGGUGAUGGUGCGCGGCCCCCGCCCGGAGCAGCAGCAGCAGCGGCGUCUGGGAAGAAGCCGUGAGGGACCCCCCGGCUCAGCGCCCGCCCCGUCGCCACCUUCCCCCCUCCCGCCACGGGGAUAGCUGCAGUCACUGUGGACAAUAAGUACAGAUGCUGGUGGUGAGCUAUGGCGGCUGAUGAUAAAGUUGCCAUUUUAACUGAUGAUGAAGAGGAGCAGAAGAGAAAGUAUGUGCUUGCUGAUCCUUUCAAUGGAAUUUCCAAGGAGCAAGAUCAUCAGCCUCAAAAUGAAACUCCUUCAACAGAGACUACCACUAUCCCAGAUGAGGAGUUAGACUGGUUAGAAAGACACUGUGUCAAAAUAAAUAAUGAUCUUCUGAUCUCCAAGGUCUUUUAUUUUUUCUUUUAUUCUGCAUAUGGCUCUCUUUACCCAUUGCUUCCUGUGUAUUAUAAGCAGCUGGGCAUGUCACCUAGUCAGAGUGGACUCUUGGUGGGCAUCAGAUACUUUAUUGAGUUCUGCAGUGCUCCUUUCUGGGGAGUCGUGGCAGAUCGCUUUAAAAAAGGGAAAGUUGUCCUUCUCUUCUCUCUUUUAUGUUGGAUUUUAUUUAACCUGGGGAUUGGAUUUGUUAGACCAGCCACUUUAAGAUGUGUACCAAAGGUUCCUCCACCACCUCAUCCCUCCAAUGCCAGUCACCUUGUAACAUCGCUGCCACAAAAUGCCUCCAUUUCGUCUCUCUUAACUACAGCUAGUGCUACAUCACAAAAAGGUCGUGGGAAACGGCGCCUAUUAGCUAACAGUCCUCCACCUUUGGAAUGGUUUCCAUUUUCUGCUCCAAUUGGAGAUGGAGACCUCGCCUUGGAUAACAACAAUACACAUUUUAUUUCAAAGAAUAGUACCACUCACCCAGGACUGCCAGGAAAUCUGACCCACCCUACAAUGCCGCCUGUUGUCACUACAAAGCCAGCAUCUUUUGACCAUGUCAUGCUGAUUUAUGAUCAUCAAGAAGUAGAAGCUAUCUUUCUACUCAUUCUCUUGGUUGUCAUCAUAGGAGAGUUUUUCAGUGCCUCAUCUGUUACCAUUGUGGACACUGUGACUCUUCAGUACCUUGGCAAACACAGGGACCGCUAUGGCUUGCAGCGGAUGUGGGGUUCUCUGGGCUGGGGACUUGCCAUGCUUUCAGUGGGCAUUGGUAUAGACUAUACGCAUAUAGAAGUGAUCAUUGAAGGUCUGGGGUGUAAAGCUCCUGAAUACAAGAACUACAGGAUUGUUUUCAUAGUGUUUGGUGUACUGAUGUCAAUGGCAUUAAUUGUGGCCACCCAGUUCCGAUUCCAUUAUAACCACUACAAAGAAGAUGAAAACAAGAGGAAAGAAGUAGAGAUCCCACAGGUGGAAGGAAAUGCCUCCACUGAAUCCUCUGAUGAUAGUCCCAGCAGCCUAAGCCAGUCUCAGUCAAUCAGUUUUUGGGACCUUAUAAAGCUCCUUUGCAGUAUACAGUAUGGAUCUGUGCUGUUUGUGGCUUGGUUUAUGGGGUUUGGGUAUGGGUUUGUAUUCACCUUUCUCUACUGGCACUUGGAAGACCUGAAUGGCACUACCACCCUCUUUGGAGUCUGUUCCGUCUUGAGCCAUGUGUCUGAGCUGACUGCCUACUUCUUUAGCCACAAGUUGAUUGAACUGAUUGGUCACAUCAGAGUGCUCUAUAUUGGCCUUGCCUGUAAUACAGCUCGCUACAUUUACAUCUCGUAUCUGGAAAAUGCCUGGACUGUUCUCCCUAUGGAAGUACUUCAAGGUGUGACUCAUGCAGCCAUAUGGGCAGCUUGUAUUUCAUAUCUUAGUGGUGCAGUGCCUCCAGAAUUAAGAACUUCAGCUCAGGGGAUUUUACAAGGUCUCCACUUAGGUCUGGGCAGAGGAUGUGGAGCUAUGAUCGGAGGAGUUUUGGUCAACUACUUUGGGGCUGCUGCGACAUUCAGGGGGAUAGGAAUGGCCUGUUUAGUGAUCCUACUGCUCUUUGCAUUAAUCCAGUGGCUAGCUGUUCCUGAUGAAGAAGAAGAGAAGACAAUGCUGGCAGAAAGGAUCCCAGUGCCUUCCAGUCCUGUUCCCAUAGCAACCAUUGACCUCGUACAGCAACAGUCAGAAGAUAUCAUGCCUCGAACUGAGCCCAGACUUCCUCCCAAGAAAACCAAGCACCAAGAAGAACAGGAAGAUGUGAACAAGCCUGCAUGGGCGAUCAGUUCUUCUCCUUGGGUUACUCUGGCUUAUGCUGUCUAUCAAAUAAAGGAGAUGGUACAACUGUCUAAAAGCAAUCUGACGCCUGAGAACCAGCCUUUGCAGUGUUCACAUUACAGAGUCCCCCAGCACCUAUAUUAGAAAGCUUGGCAGAUGGGCCAAGGAUUGGACGGACUUGGAGACUGGAUAUCAUCUGAUCUUUUGGGUGCUCCCUCCAGAAUGGAGUUGGAGCACAGUGGUUGGUGAGGCAAUGUAGGAAAAUUUGUGCUGCUGCUGUCAAUGCUGGUUUCUAAAACUGUGUGGGUAAUAAAGUGCCUGUUUCUCCUAUCUGUCUGGGGGAGGAGUGGUGCAGCUUCUCCCUUAUAAAUUUGCCAUUCGUUAAACAUACAAAUGUCAUCAUUUUACCAGUCCGACAUCAGGAAGGUGAUGAUUUUGGACAUGACACUGCAGAUGUGGCAAAGCUGCAUUUAAAGAAAUCCCAACUUCGCCAGCUGUCUCCCUCCUCCCCCCAUUUGCCUGUAUUCCUGUAAAUAUCCCUAUGCGUAUGUUCUCUUUUCAGUAUGCAUGCUGAGCUUCCAUUAGCUUUAAUGAGACUACCUUGCAUGCGCAGGCAGUGAACAUCCAUGUUGAAAUUACUCUAGAAUGUCUGUUUAUAUAAGAAGAGUUUGACACCCACGUCAGAAAAAUCAAAUGUCUCCUUUUGGAUGAUAAUGAAAUCCUCAUUGACACAAUGCCAUUGUGUUGUGCUUUCUAUACAUGCUGCUCUCCCAGUUUUCCAUCAGUCUACUCUUAAGCAGUUAUUAAAAUAAGACUAACCCUAUUAGUGUCAUCAAUUGAAAAUUUGAGACAGUCACACAGAACAGGCCAAGGAAAAUAUUUUAUUGUUUGUGGUUAUCUCGCUCAAAGCUAAUCAACAAAUUUUCAUAGUGAUGGGACAUACUCUUAGUAAAUGACUUGGGCAAUUGUGCAAUCUUUUGUUGGCUCCUAUAACGCUCUGACAUUUCUGUUCUCUUAAUAACUUCUUCCCCUCUCUCAUAGCUUCAUGCAGCCAUUCAUGGAGUCUUUUUAUUAACGCUAUUGAAUUUUGGUAUUGCAUUAUCUACUUCACAUAUAACUGAUAAAAUUAAGAGCCAUUCUUAAAUAUGAUUGUUAGAAUUUGUGGGCUGGGAAUAACUAAUUUUUGUUGGGAGAAAAUUGUUUCCAUGGAAUAAUUCUAUUAAGGCACCAAUCCUGCAGGUGGGUCUGCAGUGGUUUAUCUUUGCAUUUAUGCAGUGCCUCACAGUCUCUCAGUGGGGCCUGUGUUUUUAGGUUCAAACACCAAAAGCCCUAUUUCUGCUCACCCAAAUCCAAAUGUUGAAGUUAGGUUAAAUAUGACUCUUAGUGUUUUCUCACUCCCCACUGCCUCCCCAGGGCAGUCAGCUGUUUUUUAACUGGCCAGUUUCAGUGAUCUGUCUUUCAUUUUGUGAAUGAAAGAUCUUUAAGUCACCAGUGAGUAUUCAACCAUAACAUAACAAGUAGACACUUGAGCACCUGCAAAGCAUAGCUUCUUUCCCCACUAUAUUAAAAAGUAGUGUAGACCUAGAAUGAACUGGGAUCCCAUGCCCUCCAUUUGAAGAUGCAUUGACAAUGCAUCUCUGCUCCAUGAAGCAAGAAAUAUAUUUCAGCUCCUUGGAGAAAAUGUUUGUUUUUACAAAGCACCCCCACAUUUCAGUUCUAAAUGGAAAAAAAGAUCAACACCCCCUCCCCACCGCCAUGCAUUGCUAUUGCUUUAUUUCACCUUCUUUUAGCCUGAAUUUAACAGAACACUAAACCCAGAAAACGCUGCCUAGAUAUCUUGUUACAGGUUUUUAAUAACAUUCUUAAAAGAUUUCACAUGAAAGUUGGUCAUUUGAAGGAAACACUCUAACAGCAUAGAAAAAGGGAUUAACUAGAGCAACACUCGAUUCCUCCUUAUUUCCUCCUUGCUUAUUAUAAUCCUUCAAGUAAAGGAGCAUGCUUACUGCUCUACUUACUUGAUAUAAAACACAUCUUCCGAGACAAAUUGUGAGGUUAGAAAAUGAUGUACUACUUGUAUUGAGCAAAACUUGUUUUGUCUUUGGCCCUCAGGGAAUUUGUCUUUAAAAUCAGCUCACAUGAAUCUAGUAAACAGCUUAUAAAAAUGUGCACUGAGCCAUUCAGAAAAUUGUUUUUGACUGUCUUCUUCUUGACUGAACUAGAGAAUUGCCUGCUUGAAUCACUGACCCAGUCAUUACUGCUAAGUAAAUUGGAUGAAAUUUGUAUCUUUACUGCUGCCACUCAGUGGAUCUAACUGAGAAAUAGCUUACUUAGAAAAAAAAUAUUACGGAAAUAUGGGUGGAUUUGCAGAAGGGAGCAUGAAGUAUGUUUCAGCAAACUCUAUGCAGUCAUAGAGAUUGUCUGCAUAGAGUACAAGUCUAGUUUUUUGUCUUAAAACAUAGCUAGUUUGUUUUUUGCAUGCUUCUUGUGGAA